AUGGCGGCCUCGGAGGCGGCGGCGGCGGGGCCCGCGGCACUGGCGGCGGGCGCCCCGGCCGUCCCAGCGGCCGUGAGGGGAGCCGCCGCCGCCGCCUCGGGCCCGUGGGGGUUCCCGGGGCCCCGCCUGCUGGGCAGCCGCCCGCGGCCCGCCGCGUCGAGGCCGCCGCCCGCGGCCCCCGCGCCGCCGGCCUGGGAGCUGAUCCAGCCGUCGGUGAGCGAGCUGUCCCGGGCCGUGCGGACCAACAUCCUGUGCACGGUGCGCGGCUGCGGGAAGAUCCUGCCCAACAGCCCCGCGCUCAACAUGCACCUGGUCAAGAGCCAUCGCCUGCAGGAUGGCAUAGUAAAUCCAACAAUAAGAAAAGAGUUGAAAACUGUACCGAAAUUCUACUGUUGUCCAAUUAAAGGAUGCCCCAGAGGCCCCAACAGACCAUUUUCUCAAUUUUCCCUUGUAAAACAGCACUUUAUGAAGAUGCAUGCUGAGAAGAAGCAUAAAUGCAGUAAGUGCAGCAACUCGUACGGUACCGAGUGGGACUUGAAGAGACACGCAGAGGACUGUGGGAAGAUCUUCCAGUGUACCUGCGGCUGUCCCUACGCCAGUAGAACGGCACUGCAGUCCCACAUCUACCGGACUGGCCACGAGAUCCCUGCAGAGCACAGGGAUCCACCUGGUAAGAAAAGGAAAAUGGAAAACUGGUUACAAAACCAGAAGUUGUCCAGUAAGACCAUUGAAUCGCUAGGCAACCAGCCAACCCCCAGGCCAGCCCCUGAAGUCGAAACUUCAGAAACAAAGCCAAAGCUGGAAGCCUCUUUGGAAGACUCUUGUGGCUCUAAUGCCACAAAGCAGACUCUGACAGCACCUCCAAGGUAUCCUCAGAAGUUGCUUUUACCAAAGCCCAAAGUGGCUUUGGUUAAACUACCUGUGAUGCAGUUUUCUUCCGUGCCUGUCUUUGUGCCUAUGGCCGACUCCUCGGCCCAGCCUGUGGUGUUAGGUGUGGAUCAGGGCUCUGCUGCAGGGGCUGUGCACUUACUGCCCUUGUUAGUAGGAACCCUGAUCCUCGGCCUAGAUUCGGAGGCCUGCUCUCUUAAAGAGAGCUUCCCUCUCCCAAAAAUUAUAAAUCCUGUUGUUGUUGAGCCAGUUAGUACAGGUGUUCAAGUGAACUUGGGUAAAGGUCCAUCCAGUGUUUUACAAGAACUGGGGAACACAGAUCAGAAGAACAGCCUGUCUUCAACCAAUGUGCAGACAGACCUGUCUUACGCCUCACCGAGCGUUCUGCCUUCUGCACAGUGGGCUGGCCCCGACUCCGCUGUGUCCUCGUGUUCUCAGACUGACUUGUCGUUUGACGCUCAAGUGUCCCUCCCCAUCAGCGUUCACACGCAGACGUUCGUGCCCAGCUCUAAGGUAACUUCGUCUAUAGCUGCCCAGACUGAUGUGUUUCUAGAUCCUUGCUUCCAGUCGGGUGGGGUCUCCAGAGAAACUCAAACCAGUGGGAUACCAGCUCCGACGGAGGACUGCGUGCAGAUGGUCCACACUGGGAUGUGCGGGGGCAUUUUUGAGAGUGUCCAGUCAUCAUACAGUGUCCCUACAGACAAUAUGAUAGAGACAGUAACUCAUGGUUUGCUGCCUCAGAAUGACCCUAAGACUUUAAAUCAAGAUAUUGAGAAAUCGGCACCUAUGUUACACUUCAGCGCUCAGAACAGUAUGCUUCCUUCACAGAACAUGACGGAUAAUCAGACCCAAACCAUGGACUUACUAAGUGACUUAGAAAACAUCUUGUCGAGCAAUCUGCCUGGACAGACAUUGGAUAAUCGUAGUCUUCUGCCUGACACGCAUCCUGGGCCUGACACCCAGCUCCCCUCUGGCCCAACCCAGAACCCUGGAAUAGAUUUUGAUAUUGAAGAGUUCUUUUCAGCUUCAAACAUCCAGACACAAACUGAAGAAAGUGAACUCAGCACCAUGAACCCUGAACCUGUCUUGGAGUCACUGGACAUAGAGACCCAAACUGACUUCUUCCUUGCCGACUCCUCCACCACGUCCUACGGGUGCAGGGCAAGUUCUCAGUUCCUCGGCCUUGAGAUGUUUGACACACAGACACAGACAGACCUGAACUUCUUCUUAGACAGCGGCCCUCACCUGCCUCUGGGAAGCGUUCUGAAACACUCCAGCUUCUCCAUGAGUACUGACUCCUCUGACACGGAGACCCAGACCGAGGGAAUCUGUGCCUCGAGGAACAUAGCUGCCCUGGAGAGCAAGGUGGAGCUGAACAGCACAGAAACACAGACCAUGAGUUCUGGUUUUGAAACCCUGGGGAGCUUGUUCUUCACCAGCAAUGAAACUCAAACGGCAAUGGACGACUUUCUUCUGGCUGACUUGGCCUGGAACACAAUGGAGUCUCAGUUCAGCUCUGUGGAAACCCAGACAUGUGCUGAACUGCACGCAGUCUCCGACUUCUAACGGUGGAGUCCACGUGUGGGACGGACGGCAUUUACCAUUUCCCUCUGGGGUUAGAAAAUGGGGAACAGGGACAACAGUAUUAACUCGAUCAAGUGCAGGUGGUGAUGCAGUUGCUUUGAUUCUUUGUGUGUGGUUCUUUGCCUUUUGUAUUUGUAAACAUGAAAAUUGUGUAUAAAUGUGAGUGUAUUAUAAAGUGUAAGAUGUCUAGCUAAAAAGUCUGCUUUUGUGUUGCCUACAUUUGCCUGUUCACAAAUAGUCUUUCCAUCUUUAGAAAGCAAAAUGUGUUUCACACCUGUAAAACCUCUACGGCCAUUAUAGCUGAAGCCGAGCUUAGCAGGGACAGACUUCUCAAAUCUUCAAACUCUUUCAGCCAAAGUGUAACGUACUUAAAUUGCUCCUGAAAUAUUGUCGACGAUUCCCCCUUGGUUUGUGACUCCUCUGCCUGCAGCGCCCAGCUGCUUUGACAUCUCGUCUCUGAUUUGAAGACAGCGAGGACGACUGAAACCGUCAUUCGCUUUUGAAACAGUUGUCAGCCGGUGCCAUCCCUGUCCUACAUGAUAGCAACACAAGUGUACAGCACUUCCCGCACAGAACGUUCAUUGCUGUAAAAUACUGUCUAGAGAAAGAGCAGCAAGCACUUCAUAUCAGUAGUGAUCCUUCUCUAAGAGGUAACUCAUCCAGACCUCGGGAACCUGGGAUUGUGGUCAUAACCCAUUCAUUUGUCCUGGGGUGUGCCCUGCUGUGCAAACAGUUUUUCCUCUGUUCUCACACCAGUCAGCACAGAGGGCUUCUGUGACCAAAUGUGUAAGAGUUCUUCUCCAGCAAGCCGUCAGUUCUGCAGCCAGCACCAGCUGGUCGUCCUCUAUUUGAGUUCUAGUCUGACACUGUACUGGAGGCCGCCUCACCUCGUACGGGCUGAGGGCUCCAUUCCACAAGACUGCUCUCCCCCCCACCCCCCCAUUACUGAUCUGGGCCUCCAGAGCUUCUGACCAACCUGCUUUGAAUUAGGGUUCCCACGGCUCCCUCCUUGAAUUUGAUUGAUUUGGUGGAGCAGCUCACAGAACCCAGAGAAACGCCUGCACUGGCUUAACACAGAGGAUGUUCUGAAAGAUUCAGAUGGAGAGAACAUAGGGCAAGGCAUGGGAGAAGGGCAGUUGAGCUACCAUUGCCCUUUCUAGGCACUUGGCUGUCUGGAAGCUCUCUAGUCCUUUCCUCUGGGUUUUUAUGAAGACUUCAUUCCAUAGGCACGAUGGAUUAAAGCAGAAGCUAUUAUUGAUCAAUUGUACGCUCAUUCCCUGGCCCCUCCCUGGAUGUUACAGCAGAUGGGGCUGCAAAGUCCCAAGCCUCUGAUCUUUGCUGAGCCCAGUCCCCAUCCUGAAGUUACCUGGGGGCUGCCAGCCGCCAAUCUAUUCAGUAUACAAGAAGACACAUCCCUUUGGGAAGUCCAAGGAUUUUAGGAACUGUGUGCCAGGAAACCAAAUACAUCACAACACCACACCUGCGAACAUCCUGUUCUCCAUAGAGCUUUGGAGCUGCUUCCCAAAGUGCACCCAGGGGGUGGAUCAGAGUUAUGUCCCUUGGAAGAAAUGUUAAAAAGGGAGAGAAAAAGCGAGAAGAGCAAAGGACAAACCUGCCCCCUCAGACUUCAAUAAGCUGUUAGGGCGAGAGUGCGAUCUGCAAUCAUUUUAAAGUGUCUUUUCCUUCCAUCCACCACUCCUCAUCUUUUCCUUCAAGAAGGAAACACAUCGGUCUAGCAAGGAUAUUAUUUGUGCCUUGAGGCUGGCAAAAACAUAUCUGCCUAAAAUAUGGUAUUCUGCAUUUUAUUUAUUUUUUUAAAGAAGAGUGAUACAAAACUGUCUUCUCCAAAGAAAACACAGACAGUAAAGAUGUAUUGGCUUCAAGAAUCAAGCAUUUUUUUCUAUGUUUUGAGAUGGGAGCGUGCUUGGGCGGGGUGGGGUGUGUCUGCUGCGAGGAGAGAACCUGAGUUCUUCAUGUUCACCAACUUUCAGGCAGCCAAGACUCGGUGCAGAGCCUCUACGUUCUCCAGUUUACAACAGCAGCAACAACAAAUAUACAAAUGUUCUGCCCUUUUCUGUGGCACAGCCCUGUGCCACUGAGGGAACUAACGGUUCGUUCGCUUGAUGGUGUCGUCCCAUACAUCAGAUACAGAAUUGUUGGUGAUGGGUUAGUAACACCUCCUGGGCAGAUGAACUCAACCUGAUAGGUGCAAGUUUGCUUUGGUCACAGUUGCCUAUGAAUUUAAGUUUCAGAAUAUAAAGCCUUAACUUAGAAUUCCAUUAUGUUUUAGAAUCAUCACUGCCUUAAUGUCCAGACAUCUGAAGUCCUCUGAGUGAAGGAGAAAUGCAUGUUUGUUUAUGGCUUUUUGUAAAUAAAAAUGCAGUGAUCUAUCUAUGGCUUAAAAAUGUUUUGUUUGUUAAUUCAGCCAGUCUGCUAUUUACAGAAACAUGGAGCAUGUGAUGGUUCUUCAUGGACAGGAGCUGAAUUGUCCUGAGAUUAUUUGUAAAACCAGAAAUUCAGUGAUUAAAGAGAAGCUAGCAUUCUGCCUUUCUUUUGUGCGUUCUUCGACCUACUCAUAAUGGGACAUCUGUCGCCUCACCUCUCCACAAACCCAUUGUCUUCUGGAGGCCACAUGAUGGAAUAAUUAUGUCCGAUUAUUUUUGUUAUCAUUUUGUGAAAAUACACUGACUUUUCAUGGAAAAGACAGUCACCAAGAUUCUAUUUUGACCAAAAAACCUAUAUAUUCCUUGAAAUUUAUUGUUUUUGAAAAUUUAUUCAGAGUACAUAUUAAAUGACUUAACUCCCAUUCAAGAGUGGAAAAGCUUUUAUCUACCAAGGGCCAUUUGGUUAUUUAUAACAAUUCAUGGCUGACAAAACUGUCAGUUUAAAAAUUAGCCUGCUCUAGAUGUAUUGAAUUUAGAGUCCUGCCUUCAACUGCCAUGGCAGGGCCAGACUAAAUGAUUCUGCGGGUCCUGUAUGGCCCAAGGGCUGGAUGUUCCUCACCCUGGCUCCAAUUCAUGCAUUCACCAAAUGUGGCCAUUUUUUAGCAGUCUGCCUUUAUUUUUGUUAAUAAUGUGGUUCUGGCUUAAGAGCGAAAGAAGGCUAGACUACAAGGGAUGUUCAGAAAGCUUAAGGGAAAUGUGAGAAAAAACAACGCGUGAGUUUCAGAUUUUUUUGCACCAGGGUGGGCACUUGGUGCAGUUGUUCGGACACUACUUGCGGUGCCUGGAU